AUGGACGAACAAGCUGUUUCUCUCUCUCAGAUGACGUCCGAGAAACCGCCGUUGCCUGUGGACCGCCAGCGGGACGAGACUGAACCGGGUUUAGGGGUCGAGCAGGAGGUCGCGCUGGAAGCAGCCCGAGAUGGCUGGGACAGUAAGGUGGAAUACUUCCUCGCUCAGGUGGGAUUCAGUGUGGGAUUGGGAAACGUUUGGAGGUUCCCGUACCUCUGCCACCAGAAUGGAGGAGGAGCGUUCAUCUUGCUGUAUGUGCUGUUGAUGGUGCUGGUCGGUGUGCCGUUGUUUUUUAUGGAGCUGGCGGCGGGUCAGAACAUCAGACAGGGCAGCAUCGGCGUCUGGAGGCACAUUUCUCCAAAGCUUGUUGGCAUUGGCUACUCCAGCUGUGUG